AUGAAGUUUGCUUCCAGUGGGGCCAGGGCGUCCGGAGGAGCAGCUGGAGGUCAGUGCUCCAGCGAGCGGUGGGUGGAGCCUGCACGCGGCCCGGCCCCCGGGGGCCACCCUCACCCUCACACUCCCAGCCACCCCCCCGAGCCCCCCGAUUUCGGCACUGGGGGUCUCACCGUGUGCCCUGGCUCUGCACCUGGCAGCCCUCCGUGGGCCUCUCCGAGCCCCACGUGCCUGGACCCACUGUGCCGCCUUACGGCAAGUGCAGGGGAUGACCUUGGGGCUCCCCGGGGCUCCGGGACUCCAGACAGCGAGCCUCUGCUGGGGGACAAAGAUGAGGGUGGCGCUGGGUCCCCGACGGCCUCGGAGGAGCCGGAUGAAGAGGAGGACCCUGGGGCGGGGGAGUGCCCCAUCUGCACCGAGUCCUACGGGCCCAGGGAGCGCCAGCGGGCACGGCUCCACUGCGGCCAUGGCUUAUGCACGGGCUGCCUGCACCGGCUGCUGGGCGCGGCUCCCGGGGCUCACCUGGGCCGCGUGUGCUGCCCUCUGUGCCGACAGAAGACACCCAUGCUGGAGUGGGAGAUCUGCCGCCUGCAGGAGGAGCUGCUUCAGGCUGAUGGGCCUCAGCCUCCACCACCCCCUCCCGCCUCCCCCCCCCCCUCCCCGGGCCCGGGGCCCUGGGCCGCCCUAGAGCAGCGCUACCGCCUGCGCUUCCUGGCCGGGCCUGUGGGUGGCCGCGGAUGCCUGCCCCUUCUGCCCUGCCCGCCCCGCCUGGGCACCUGGCUGUGGGCGCUGCGGGAGCGUGGGCCCUGUGCCCGCCGCCUGGCACUGCUGGGCCUGCUGGCACUGGAGUUGUUGGGGCUGCUGCUCCUCUUCACGCCGCUCGUGCUGCUGGGGGUGCUCUUCGUGCUCUUAGACCGCGCGGCCCGCUGAGUGAAGCCCACAGUGGCCCUGGAAGCCGGGCGCCUGCUGGCCAGGCCGAAAGGCCCAAGCUCAA